AUGUCGGGCUUCCUGCUGGAGCUGCUCGGCGAGAAGCUGGUGGCCGGCGGCGGCGAGGAGGUGGACGUGCACUCGCUGGGCGCCCGCGGGAUCUCCCUGCUCGGGCUCUACUUCGGCUGCAGCCUGAGCGCCCCCUGCGCGCAGCUCAGCGCCAGCCUGGCCGCCUUCUACGGCCGCCUGCGGGGGGACGCGCCGGGCCCGGGGCCGGGGAGCGGGGGCGCGGGCGCCGCAGCCCCCGCCGGGGCCGCCGCCGCCGAGCCGGAGCCGGAGCCGGAGCCGCGCCGCCGCCUCGAGAUCGUGUUCGUGUCCUCGGACCAGGACCAGCAGCAGUGGCAGGAGUUCGUGCGGGACAUGCCGUGGCUGGCGCUGCCCUACAAGGAGAAGCACCGGAAGCUUAAACUAUGGAACAAAUACCGAAUUUCCAACAUUCCAUCGCUGAUCUUCAUCGAUGCCACCACAGGCAAAGUCGUGUGCAGAAAUGGGCUGCUGGUGAUCCGAGAUGACCCGGAAGGUUUGGAAUUCCCUUGGGGGCCCAAGCCCUUCAGUGAAGUCAUUGCCGGGUCGUUGCUUAGAAAUAACGGCCAAUCACUGGACAGCAGCUGCCUGGAAGGGUCUCAUGUGGGAGUUUACUUUUCUGCCCACUGGUGUCCGCCUUGCCGAAGUCUCACCCGAGUCCUGGUGGAGUCUUACCGGAAGAUCAAAGAGUCGGGACAGAAAUUUGAGAUUAUUUUUGUUAGUGCCGACAGGUCAGAGGACUCCUUCAAACAGUAUUUCAGUGAAAUGCCCUGGCUCGCUGUCCCCUACACUGAUGAAGCCCGGAGGUCACGUCUCAACCGACUCUAUGGCAUCCAAGGCAUCCCCACCCUCAUCGUGCUGGACCCGAAGGGAGAGAUGAUCACCCGGCAGGGGCGCGUGGAGGUCCUGAAUGAUGAAGACUGCCGGGAGUUCCCCUGGCACCCCAAGCCUGUGCUGGAGCUCUCCGACUCCAACGCCGUGCAGCUCAAUGAGGGCCCGUGCCUCGUUCUCUUUGUAGAUUCUGAGGAUGACGGCGAAUCUGACGCUGCCAAGCAGCUCAUCCAGCCGAUCGCAGAGAAGAUAAUCGCCAAGUACAAAGCCAAAGAGGAGGAGGCCCCGCUUCUGUUCUUUGUGGCAGGAGAGGAUGACAUGACAGAUUCCCUGAGAGAUUACACCAACCUACCUGAGGCCGCCCCACUGCUCACCAUCCUGGACAUGUCUGCCCGAGCCAAGUACGUGAUGGACGUGGAGGAGAUCACGCCCGCCAUUGUGGAGGCCUUUGUCAACGACUUCCUAGCAGAAAAGCUAAAGCCAGAGCCAAUCUAAUAGGACCUCGGUCUCCCUGGAUGUUAUUUAAAACACAGCCGCCUCCUCCUUCCCCCUUCCUCUGCGCCCUUGGACUUUUCAGCUGGGUUUUUGAUGCACUCACUCGAUCCUGAUGUCUGGCCUCUUUGUGGUGCCUUUUUUUUUCUGAGUUUGGUCCUUCUCGCCAGCUCCCUGAGGGGCGCCUCCUUGCAAAUGGCAGAAAAGCCCAUGCGUCUUGGAGCCUGCUUCCGCUUCACAGAUGAUUUAGCUGGGCCAGAACUGGGAUUCUCACAGUGAAAUCCUUGCAAGGGUCUGUUUCCCCUAGGUUAGGCAGCAAGCAGGCAGUUACUUUGGUUCUCAGUUUCUCGGCACCCUUUACACAUCUUCCAGACACAGACACACUCGUGAAUAGACACACAGGACCCUUCAGCAAACAGAAGGGUGGUUGUGGGGAUGCCCCUGGUCGUUGGGGUCUGGUCAUUAGGUGUCCUUGUCUCUUGCUAAAGAAAAGGAAAGUCAGUCAGGAUCUUGAGGGCCCCCUUCUAAGCCAAGGGAGGUCUUUGUCAUUACUGGUGAUGAAAAGAGCUGUAAGGAAAACCAAGAAAAGAAAGUCUCUCUUCUCCUCCCCAGUCUCCCCACACAGGGCCCCCCUUCUAGGAACAGCCCCCUGCUGCCUUCAGUUACAUGCAUUGUUCUUCCUGGUCACCUGUCCUCAGAGAAGCCCCACACACUGAGCCCAGACCCUGAUGAAAACUCUUAAGAAACAAUCCCCUGGCUAAGAUGGCGUCAGAGAACCCUCUAGGGAUCCAUGGCCUGGUGCCCUUUGUAAGCCUGGAUCUGGUCACUACUUCACUUGAUGGCUUUCACAAGAUGAAAAGCACAAAUCAGAUCCCUUCCCCAAGAUGAUCUGGCAUGGCCCCAUCUUUACAGAGGAGGAAACUGAGGUCCACAGAGGGGGAGUGACUUGCCCAAAGUCACACAGGUAGUAAGUGGCAGAGCCAGGAUUUGAACCCAGGUCUCCAGGCUCUCUGCUGCAUCUCGAUGCUUCCAUCCCAUACUUAAACAUGUGCAUCCAAAAGAGCAGCUUUAUCUAGAGCCAGGAAUUGGAGGCCUCUGGAUAGAGCUGUGCCAGGCCUUCCUCUGACUUGGGCAUAGACAGGCCUCUGGGAAAGGACCCCCCAGACCCCUGGGGUGACCGCUUACGGGAAGACCCAUCUCCCUAAGAGGAAGCUGUUGACUUUGCUCACCCUUGCUGUGUUGUUUUGUUUCUUGUAGUUCAAAGGGUAGGAAGUUAGUCGCUAAUGAUGGCCCAGGUCUGACGUGCAGUCACUUAAAAAUAAAACAGGCACCUUUGGGUUUUUCA